GAUAUUGGAUGUCCCUGUCAAUAGGUCCACAUACUCAAAGUCGUAGUGUCGUAAGCGUUCCCACCAGUAUUGAUUGCAUCCCAAAUGGCUCCCAGACAGCGCUGUCAAGAACUAGCGUGUCGUCGGCUCGCCAAGGUCCAGUCCCGUUGUUUGUAUCACACACGGGACGUGGUGGCCGCUCGCAAAAAACAGCCCAAAGCAAAAGCAGCGGCCAAGAAAAAGAAGACGACGUGGGCGGUCGUGGCGUUCGUUCAAGCCGACCACGUCACAGGAACCAUCACAUGCUUGGUUCCAGCGUGUAGGGGUGGCGCCCAACGGGCCUCCGCGUUCUGCAAAAUGCAUGCGUCGUCCGUCCUGUGUGUUCUCGAGCGUCCGGGGUUGCUAGCCCCAGCUCUGACGACCACACCACAGCAAAUGUUGACGCCACGUCAGUUUGCAACGUUAGCGCAAAACCCACAACAGUGUCAUCUGCCAACGCAACCGCAACGAAACAGCAGAACUAGCUACAUCCAGCCGCCCAACCAUGCAUUUCUCAAGCCCGAGGUGUUUGAUGGCUAGGAUAUUCGUGGCACGCUGUCACGCAAGGACAUGUAUCACUGUCCGAGCUCCGAUUCAACGUGUAACGCGUAGUUAUAAGUUAUCUAAAGAAAUGCAAAUCCACGCCAUG